CCCUCCUUACGUUGUUUCUCGCGCACACUCUUUUUCACCUGGAGACUGGCCGACAUGAGCGGGAAAGUGGAAGCAAUAAAUAAGCUCACUUCCUACGUUAAUAUUUAUCCCUAAAACCUUCAACAAAACAAUAACGAAGGAUCCAAUUCCUCUUUAUUUCACAGCAAUUUUGUCUCCCGAUCCAGCACACGAUUAGAUUGUUCAUUUGAAUUCAAUUCAUUCCAACACAGCAAGCAUUCCUUAUUCGACAAUAAAGUCAAGAUGGAAAACAUUGGUGGAGUUGAUGGAGACCAGCUGUGGCUAUUGAACUGUCUGAAUGCAACUCUUGACAUCAAUCAGGAGAUUAGAUCGUCUGCAGAGGAUUCAUUAAAACAAGCAUCUGCUCAUCCAGGGUUUGGAGUUGCUUUAGCGAAGAUCACUGUAAACAGGGAGCUGCCAUUGGGAUUACGACAGUUAGCUGCGGUUCUGCUGAAACAGUAUGUAAAACAACAUUGGCAAGAAGGAGAGGAAAACUAUGUCCCUCCAACAGUUAUACCAGCAGAUAAGGGUGUGAUCCGAAAUCUUCUGCUGCAAUCUUUGGAUGAUCCUCAUCGGAAGAUUUGUACUGCAGUGGGCAUGGCAGUGGCAUCUAUUGCACAGUAUGACUGGCCAGAAGAAUGGCCAGAAUUGAUGUCAACACUCUUGAAAUUGAUAAUUGAUCAAACAAAUAUGAAUGGGGUUCAUGGAGCUUUAAGAUGUUUAGCGCUUUUUUCUGGGGAUCUGGAUGAUAAGCUCUUGCCUAAAUUAGUACCUGUUCUAUUUCCAUGUUUACACACAAUUGUUUCGUCUAUAAAUGUAUAUGAUUUGUCUAUGCGACGCAGAGCUCUGGCAAUCCUUCAUAGUUGCAUUUCUACAUUGGGAGUAAUGAGUGGGGUUUUUGAGCUAGAAACCAGGGAAUUGAUGACGCCAAUGUUGAAAACAUGGUUGGAGCAAUUCUCAUUUAUUUUAUCUUCUCCAGUACCUUCAGAAGAUCCAGAAGACUGGGGUCUAAGGAUGGAGGCUUUAAAGACAUUAACACAGAUGGUUCAGAGUUUUCCAAAACUAAUGCUAUCUGAGUUUUCAGUUGUUUUGGAGCCACUGUGGCAGACCUUUGUCUCCUGCCUCAGGGUCUAUGAGUUGGCAUCAGUUCAGGGGAAGGAUGAUUCUUAUGCUGGGCGGACUGACUCAGAUGGUGGUGAUCAAAGUCUUGAGGCAUUUAUCAUUCAGUUGUUUGAGUUCUUACUGUCAGUGGUUGGGAAUACCAAAAUGGCAAAGGUUAUAAAGAAGAAUGCAAUUGAUCUGGUGUAUUAUACGAUUGCCUUCAUGCAGAUAACGGAGGACCAGGUACAAACUUGGUCAUCAGAUGUUAACCAGUAUGUUGCUGAUGAAGAUGAUGUUAUGUACAGUUGCCGUAUUUCUGGUGUUCUCUUGUUGGAGGAACUGGUUGGUGCAUAUGAAUUCAUUGGCAUUCAAUCUAUAGUAGAUGCUGUAAAACAACGUGUCGCAGAGGCAACCCAAGCAAAAGCUGCUGGUAACCUAAAUUGGUGGAAGUUACGAGAAGCAGCAAUUCUUGCCUUUGGAUCGAUUUCAGAGAUGCUAGAUGAAUCACAGUUAGAAGGUAGUCUCAAGUUUGAUGUGGAAGCAUUUCUUGAUGAUAUACUUGCAAAUGAUAUAGGAACAGCUAUGGUGGAGUAUCCAUUUCUCAACGCACGUGCCUUCUGGGCUGCUUCCAAGUUUUCGUCAGUGAUUAGUAAGGGAAGGCAAGAGGAAUUUGUUUAUGCUUCUAUGAGGGCAUUAGCAUCAGAUGUGCCUCCAACUGUGAAGGUGGGUGCUUGUAGAGCAUUGUCGCAACUUCUUCCUCAGUCAAAUGCAGAGAUCUUACGGCCACAUAUGGGGGAUGUUUUUUCUGCCAUUGCAACCCUCUUAAAGGAGGCUUCAGAUGAAACUUUGCAUCUGGUUUUGGAGGCUUUGCAGGCAGCAGUAAAAGCAGACCAACAGACAACAGUGAUGGUAGAAUCAGUUAUCUCACCUUUGCUUCUGAACAUAUGGGCACAACAUGUUUCAGAUCCUUUCAUCAGUAUCGAUGCUGUGGAAGUUUUAGAGGCUAUCAAGGAUGUGCCAGGUUGCUUGCCUCCUCUUGUUUCUCGGGUUCUGCCUUGUACUGGCCCUAUAUUGGCAAAUCCUCAGCAACAGCCAACAGGAUUGGUUGCUGGCACCUUGGAUCUUCUUACCAUGUUGUUGAAGAAUGCACCAUCAGACGUGGUGAAAAUUAUGCAUGAUGUUUGUUUCUCUUCUGUUGUUUCAAUAAUUCUUGAAAGUGAUGAUCAUAGCGAGUUGCAGAAUGGGACAGAAUGCUUGGCUGCUUUUGUAUUAUGGGGAAAAGAUGCAUUGUUGACUUGGGCUGGUGAUAGCAGCAUUACCAUGAAAAUGCUUCUUGAUGCAACUGCAAGACUUUUGAGCCCAAAUAUGGACAGUUCUGGAUCACUCUUUGUAGGGAGCUAUAUUUUACAGCUUGUUUUGCAUUUGUCACCAUACAUGGCACAGCACCUCAGAGACCUUGUUGUAGCUCUUGUACGGCGAAUGGAAACUUCAGAGAUUGCAGGCUUGAAAAACUCAUUAUUGCUUGUCUUUGCCAGGCUGGUCCAUAUGAGUUCUCCAGAUGUCGGUCAGUUUAUUGAUUUACUAACGACUAUUCCAGUCAAAGGUUAUGAAAAUUCUCUAGGCUAUGUAAUGUCAGAAUGGACCAAGCAACAGGGUGAAAUACAUGGUUCUUACCAAAUCAAGGUUACUACUACUGCUUUGUGUCUAAUAUUGGCUUCACGACAUCCAGAGUUGGCAAAAGUCUAUGUUCAAGGUCACCUGAUUAAGUCAAGUACAAGUGGCAUAGUUACGCGAUCAAGAGCUAAAUUGGCUCCAGAUCAGUGGUCAUUAAUGUCUCUUCCUGCCAAGAUACUUUCUCUCAUUGCGGAGAUGCUGAUUGAAAUAAAGGAGCAAAACAUGGGUGCAGAUGAUGAGGAUGAUGAAUGGGAAGAUGUGCAAGAUGAGGAAGAUGAUAGCAAUGCAGAUAUCACGCACUGCUUGAAUACCUCUUUCAAUGGAAGAUCUGCUUAUAAUGAUAUUGAUGCUAUGAAGCAUAUAAUAAAUGAGGAGGUUGAAGAUGAUGAUUUCCAAGAUGAUCCUUUGACAGGAGGAGAUCCUCUAAAUGAGAUCAAUCUCACAUCUUACAUUGUUAACUUUCUCAAGAAUUUUUGUGAAAGUGAUUGCCAAUUGUUUGAUCUUCUUUGCCAGGACUUAUCAGAUCGGGAGAAACAUGCUAUACAGGCUGUGUUGGUGCAAUAAAAACCUUUCUGUGAUGUGAAAAUCCACAGUAUAUUACCAUAUGUAAUCUUUCCAACAAAAUAUUAUCAUAAUGUCGGUGAUCACUCCUGGUAUUUCUUCUUGACAACCUGAUAUUAUAGUUGACAGUCUUCAUGAUAUAGGUCAAUUUAUUUUUUCUCCUGUAGUAUAAAUUCGUUAUUCUUUCGAAUGUCUUUCUGCAAUUUUCGACAUGUAUGUGGAAAAUAAGGGCAAUGUCUGGAAUCUGGACUCGCUGCCAAAGCAUAUUAUUUAUUAUGAGUGUAUUUUAUAUUCGGAUGUUUAGUUACUAUAGGUCAUUGGCCUGAUAACGAGGUAGUGUUCAAAACUAGAGAUAUAUCUGGCAGAAGAAUGAUCCACGAGUGGGUCCUAUACAUUCAGGCAUGCACUUUCAUGCUUGUGAAUUAUAAUUUUCCAGUGUAUCAGCAAGAGAGUUUCUCUCAGUAAUUUUAAUUCAUAUUUAAAAAAAGCAAGAACCCUUCUAUUGACAGAAACUCAAAUUUCUUGAUUGUUUCACUUGUUUAUGGAAGUGCGUUAUUCGACUUGUAUAUAUAUAAUAUUUCUUUUUCAAUAUUUGAAUGCUUUUUAAUAA